AUGCAAGGUAACCCGCAGUGUGCAACACUGCAGAUACGGGCCUUUAGUCCAUCCCUGCUGUUCCCCGGUGACAGCCGCUCGGUGGUAGUGGGCACUCAGCAAGUAGUGGGCAUCCGCCUAACUCCCUGCGCAAUAGGAAGGCAGAUCAUAGGCGGAGAUGCAUCCCUUCCAUUUCCCCAGCGCGCGGAUUUGAUGUACCUGGAUACGCUGAAGUCAAAAGAUGUCCCACAUGGAUUUACGCGGAAGGGGACGCGACAAUGUGGUUCUCUUAUAACACGAGAUAUUGAAGGGGCAUUUCCGGAGAACCCUUAUGAACGGCUGACAGCCAGAAGAGACUCGUCUUUUAAAUCGGAGGCAACAUCGGUCCUCAAUAGAAGACCGCGGGAAGGUUCCAGGCCGACUGAUUUGUCCCUGCAAACGCGUGACAUCGAGGUGAGUCGGCGGAAUUGGUGCUGA